UCUAUUUAUACCGAAUAGAGUCAGUGUGUAAACAGAUCAAUUACGUCUGGCACUUGUAAAAUCAACGCUUGAUAUUAUUUGUGCACAGAACAAGUAACAAAAAGCAUCUAUCGGUUUUUGGAAAGCCACCUGCGAGGUCAUACAGUGAAACUAUAAGCACACACCGAAGGUGCACACGGAAGGGGCUGGUAUCUACGGUUCUUCCGGUUUGAUGCAAAAUGGACAAAGAUGAGAAAAUAAUGGAAGGAUGGCUAAUAUAAAAACAGAAUUAAGGAAAAGAUAAAGCAUGGCAUCGCCACCCAAUGAUAGUGACAUAAUCUGUCCUCUAUGUAACGGUGCGUAUAAAAACCCUAAAUUGCUGCCAUGCUUACAUACAUAUUGCCAGGACUGUCUUGUCAAUCAGUUGAAAACUUCGAACAAUCUAGGAAACAUCACAUGUCACACCUGCAAAGAAACCCUUCAGCUUCAAGAGGAAUCAAUCUCAAAUUUAAAAUCGAACACAAAGAUUUCGGCUUUGAUAAGAUUACAUAAAUUGAAGGCAAGUCGACACACGUGUGUAGUGUGCACUUACAGACAAAAGGAGGAGGACGCUACCAUGUAUUGCCUGGAUUGUGGAGAUAUGAUGUGUAAAGUUUGCUCAGGGCACCAUACAUUCACAAGACUGACCAUCAGUCAUCGGGUUGUGGAGUUAACAGACAUCACCUGUGGAACGCAUGACAAUUUCCUUUAUGAUAAAUUAUCAAGAUUGUGCAAUACUCACCCCGACAUGGUCAUAGAAUUCUAUUGUAAGUCGUGCACAGUCUGUCUCUGCGAGGACUGCUUACCAGAACACCAAAAACAUGAUCUGAUACGUCAAGAUAAAACAGACAGUAAAGGCAUAAUCAAGAAAGUGCAGGCGCUGUAUGAUGACUUAAAACUACGACAAUGUCAAGCACUGGAGCUACAAUCUUCAAUGGAAACGCAUAUUCGGGAGAUACACAGAAAAGAACUAGCUAUACCUCAAGCUAUUACAAAUUUCUGUAACGACAUCGGAGAUUUCAUCAAGCAAACAGCUCAACAUGCACAGGAUACAGCCGCGACUGAGUUGUUGGAAUCAAAACGUAAACUUUUGGCAUACAAGUCUACAACAGAUACAUUUGUGAACACUACUGCACCAAUGUAUGAUGUGUGUACAAAAUUCUCAUCACUAGAUCUCUUACACAGACUGCCUGUUGAAGAUAUAUUGAUUGAUAGGUUGACAUUACUGGAAACAAUUAAACCACCUUCAUUGCAAUUCAGCUGGAGAGACCUUAAUGUUGACUUGCAUAGUGCUAUGGCAGAUCCCGUGAAUCUUUUUAAGUUCUCAAAACCAAACUUUAAUUCAUCAAACACAGACCACGCAAUGGUGGUACAUGCAUCUACACCUGACGCAGCAGCACAGGACCCAUCUCAACUACCAAAGUCAAGUGCCGACGAUGUCAAAGAACAGAAUGAAAAGCAAACUCGCAAUGAUCAUAACAAAGUAGAGGAGCAGGUACAAGUGAAUACAUAUAAACCUGUAAGUGUGUUUCCGGUCAAAACAAUCACUGACGAAGUUAAGCCGAAAAUUACAUCUGUAGCGUGGCUAAGUAGUAGUUCAUUCGUUGUCAGUGAUAAAAACAACAAUAACAUUUCUGUAUACAACACAGACGGGAGUUGUCUUUGGAGUCAACCAGUGAAGAAUCCCUUGAGUGUUGCCUGCAUAGGAAAUGUGAUUGCAUGUUCUAGUAACAAUGACCUAAUGUUCUAUAAAAACAACCAGGUUCUCACCCGAGUAAAAACUAAAAUGAGUGCAAUGCGCGUGACAAAAACAACUGAUUCAUUGUUUCUGGUAGCAACACCGUCAGAAAACCGAAUGAAAACAUUUAACACAAACGGAGAAAAUGUUGGGGAAAUAACAGUUGAAGAAAACAUCAAAGUUAGUAUGCUUUCCAGCAACGGCAAAUUUCACAUCGCGUCAGAUUGGUCUGAGGGUUCCGUUGUUUUUAUUGAUAAAUAUUCAGGACGAGUAAUAAACCGGCAUUUCUUCAAUGACAAUAGAUGGGGACAUCCUGGGGCGACUUGUGCAGACAAUCAAUCAAUAUUGGUUGCUGAUUAUCAUAUGCAUGCAAUUCACGUGUUGUCGAAAGAAGAUGGAACACGUUUACAACACUGGUCUUUGAAACCGUCCAUCUAUCACCCUAUUGGUAUGUCGUUCCACAGGAGUGGUCGCCUACUGGUAGUGGGAGACUGCAAAAUAGCCAUAUACUCGAAAGCAUCCUAAACAGACGUGUUAAUAAUGACUAAUUUGAAAGAUUGCUACGAGUUUAAAGCCUGGAAGAAUGGCAUUGAAUCUAGGUUAAAUUUCAAAUUCGAUGAACGCAUAAUGUCGUGGGCCGCAUUUGGUGCUUGAAACACGUAUCGUUGUAGUGUGUACAUACCGUUGUGUUGUAGGGUUCCAUAACAUUUUACUUUAAUGUUCAUUUUAUUCCGUUCCUAGUUUUGUCGCUUUCUGACUGUGAGAUUCGGUUUAGUUCGUUCUAUUGCAAUUUCUGGUUGCGAUUUUUGGUUCCUAUUAACAACUCUUAAGUGGUAAACGUAAGAUUGUAAGCAGAGACAUACUGGUUUUGUAUGAUACUGGCGUAAAUUGAUGACUUCGUAAACUCAUCGUGAAUUGCCAAAUACAUGGAAUAAAUCAUGCACCAAACCAAAUCAUCAGCUUAGCUUCUUUUCUCAGCACCAAGAAUGAGUUCAUCUUGUUUUCACUUACCAACCAAUUUUAAACUUAGUGCUUAAUAUUUCAUAAACCUUAUAGCUAACCAGAACUAGGUAUAUAUUACCGAAUCUGGCUGUCCAUAGUACAGUAUAAUUUUUUAUCGUUAUCAAUCUGGGCCGUCGAUAUAACAGAUUAAAUAAAAAAAAACUUGGCGAAGACAUAAUGAACAUCUAGAAGUCAUAUCAUAUAUGCCAUAACAAACCAGGCCAGUUAUAGUACAAAUCUCGUUGACCAGGGCCAACUGGUCAUGAUAUCGUCCGGCAUUCGUUUCGGAGCAGUAUCUGACCUGCGUGAAACCUGCACGGGGAUGUACAGGGCAGUUUGUGUUUGAAUGUUUCUUGUGUCAGUGAACACAAUAUGUCAUUAUAUUUUUUAUUGAUUUUGAUUGAAUACAAUCUUAAUUGUGCAAUUGAGGCAGAUAAUUGAUUUGAUAUUAAAAUUGGCAAUAGGUGGAACAUUUAUCAAAUAAAGA